GAGGAAAGUCAAAUCCAAAAUGGCAAUGCGGUGUUUGCUGAGGUCCGUGUGGACGUCUCUGUCAGGCGUACAGUAUUUAGCCCAACAUUCUAACAGCAGCAUUUUAAAGAAGAUCGUCAGAGCGCCGGUGUUUCCAGUUUUAGGGAAUAUUCAGAGCAGAGGCGUCCGACAAAUUGUGGAGAAGAAGGAGGGGAACACAGUAACUAUAGAAGGAAAAAUAUUGGAGACUCCUGAGAGGCCACCCCCUCCCAACCCUGAAGGGGAUUGUCCCAUUUGCCAGUGGAACCUAAAUAACAAAUACAACUACACUGAUGUCCUUCUGCUCAGUCAGUUCAUCCGCCCCGACGGGGGGAUGCUGCCGCGCCGCAUCACCGGCCUCUGCCUCACAGAACACCGGAAGGUAGCCGUCUGUGUCCAGAUGGCCCACCGCGCAGGUCUACUCCCUGACCACAAGCCAAAGCUGCCAGAGGGUCACGUUCCGAAGAAACCCAAGCCACAGCUCAACAGGUACUUGACACGCUGGUCCAUCGACACCGUGAAGCCCAUUUGGAAGAGGGGACUGAAGUGGUGCAAAGUCCGAAUGCCAGUGGGCAGCCCCCUUCUCAAGGACAACGUGCGCUACGGCAAAAAGCCCCUUUACCUGAGGCACUGACUACUGCCAGAACAACCAGGCGCUCUGCAGCUCAGCCCAUAAACACUCAUUUCAUUCAGCUAAGACGGCUAAUCUCGGCCCCAUUCUGUGAAAGAACUGGAACUGAUCCAGGGUCAGGGCUUGGGGCCGAAUCUGCGUGCAGUGAAUUGGUAAUGGCUGGAUGGUGAAACCCUUCUUCACCUGUGCCAAGGAUCGCUUCCCUCAGGAGGUCCAGUGCGUGGCAGUGCGGAAGUGGGAACCGUGAGAACUGCACUGAACUGCGCUGCACGUCACUGCCGAAUCUCCUGUGAAUGUUAUUUGUGUGUGUAAGUCGCCCCCCCAUCUACAUGAGCUAGGUCAGUGCUGCAGUGUUGUUGUGAUUAUUAUGGAAGUCACUUUCAAAAUGCAAAAAAAAAAAAAAAAAACCCUGCCCUCCAAGAGGCAUCUCUGAUUAAAACCAGGUCU